AACUUGGCCGGAGCCGGUUGGCGAUGGCCGCCGAGGACGGUUGCUGCCGGUUACGGGCACCCCCUUCGAGUUCCCGGGAUCCGCAAAGGAUGCCGCUCGUCAGACGGCGCAACCGCUAGAAACGGGGGCGAGAGAGGAGCAGGAAGAUGAGCACUGCGUCGUCUCUUCGAAAUUUACUGAUUGAUUCAGGUUGCGAUUCGUUGGAUGCCUAUUAGGUUCCGCUCCCUCGAUGGCUUAUUCGCGAGUCACUGUUGGAGUUGGAGGACCAUCGUUAUCUUCCUCUGCUUCUGGUGUCUUCAUCCAACACGAUGGCGGUCAGACCCCAGCCACUGUGAGCUCCAUGUCGGAGAAAGGUUAUGCUGGUCUCCGACCAGCCUCUGGUGACAUGAACCAGAUACUCAACAGCACGGGAAACUCCUCUGGUCCAAGUGUUGGUGCGAGCUCCUUCGUCACGGACGCCAACUCAGCGCUCUCUGGUGGUUCUCAGUUGCAAAGAAGCCCCAGCUUCAACAACGAGUCGUAUAUGCGACUCCCGUCCUCACCCAUCUCCUUCUCCUCCAACAUCUCAGGUUCUUCAGUGAUGGAUGGCUGCUCAAAUGUGCAACAGAGCCCUCUUCAAGAACAGGUGCAGAAACAAGGGCUAUCAACGGCUACUUCUCAGCUAAUGCAACAGGAGCCUAGCAAUUUAAUGAAUGCACGGAAAAAACCACGGCUUGACAUAAGGCAUGAGGAUGCUCUGCAGCAGCAGUUGAUCCAACAACUUCUGCAGAGACAUGAACCCGUGCAGCCACAAGACCAGCUGAACCUGCACCAACAGGCCAUUUCUCAACAGCAGAGACUAGUCUAUCGUCAACCACAGCAGAUAAUGCAUUCCAUUUCUCAGAUGCAAAGAGCCCCAGUCACUUUGCAGCAGCAACAGCAGCUGCAGCACCAGCAGCAACCUACUUAUCCGCCAGCUAAUGCUGCUAAACAGUCCCUUGAUAAUAAGAUAUGUUAUCGCAGACUUAUGCAAUACUUGUAUCACCGGCGUCAUCGGCCACCUGAUAAUUCCGUUUUAUACUGGAAGGAGUUUGUGGCUGAGUAUUUUGCAAUACAAGCUAAGAAAAGGUGGUGUUUGUCCUUGUAUGAUAAUAUGGGCAGCCAUGCACUUGGCGUUUUCCCACAGUUAGCUGUGAAUGCAUGGCAGUGCAACAUCUGUGGUUCCAAAUCUGUCAAGGGAUUUGAAGCUACUUUUGAAGUGCUUCCGCGGCUUUUUCAAAUUAAAUUCGACCAUGGUGUUUUUGAUGAAAAUUUGUUCCUUGAUAUGCCCCAUGAGCGCCAAUUGUCUUCAGGAAUUGUGAUUUUGGAGUUUAAAAAAGCUGUUCAAGAAAGUAUCUAUGAACAUCUACGUAUUGUUCAAGAGGGACAACUCCAAAUAAUAUUUACACCAGAACUGAAGAUUCUAUUCUGGGAGUUUUGUGCCCGACAGCAUGAAGAAUUUCUUCCUCGGAGACAGUUAGCACUUCAGGUUGACCAAUUGUUGCAAGUUGCUCAAAGAUAUCAAGCGGCUGUAGCUGAAAGCAGUAGUACUGAAGUUUCAUAUCAAUACUUGCAAUCCAGCUGCAAUUUGUUUGCAGCAGUGGGUCAUCAACUAGCAAGAGAUUUGGACUUAAAAUCACUGAAUAACUUAGGAUUCUCCAAAAGAUAUGUCAGGUGCCUGCAGAUAUCUGAGGUUGUCAAUAGCAUGAAGGACCUGAUUGAUUUUAGCCAGGAUCAGAAGAUUGGACCACUAGAGAGUUUGAAGAACUAUCCAAGGCAAGUUAAACAAAAGUGGGAGUCAGAGCAAGUGAUGAGUGCUCAUAGUUUGCCAGGUGAUCACAGAUCUAUGAACAAAGUUAUGGGCAAUCAUCCAGGGUUAAACAGUUGUAUAAUUAACAAUCUGGCAGCUAGCCAAGUUGUUAACAGCAGCCAGCAGAGUGUUCACGCACUAAACAACCACCAGAAUUUUCUGAAAAGCUCUUUGAAUUUAAAGCAGAAUGUGCGUCAGCAAGAAGCUUUUUUGAGUAAUACCAGUGGUUCCAAACAUGCAGACUAUGUACAAUUUCAGGGUUCUGCCACAUCUAUACUGACAAAAACAUCCAUCAAUAAUUUAUCUGGACAACAUCAAGUGCCACUUCCAUUGGAUGGUUGCUUGUCCCGGCAGACUAAUCUGCAAACCCUGCAAGUGAACCAACAGUUGCAGCAAUCUGUCCUUCAACAAAUGCUGCAAGAGAUGAUCGAUGACAAGGGAGCAUCGCAGCAGUCUCUUGUUGCUUCUGAUGUAAAUGCUAAUCCCACAGCCGAAGAUAUAAUUGGAGGUUGCAUCAGUGGCACAUCAGUCAGGAUCGACUCUGGAUCAACUGGAAAUACACUUGACCUGCAAAAUAUGUGCAGAAACCUUCCUAAUGAUGGCACACUGACAGUACCAAGCAGAAAUAACAGUUUCAAAUCGAGCACUGCUGCCAACAACCCCACCAGUAGUGGCAGCAAUUUAAUUGCAAGUCUCGACAUGCUGGGGAGCAUGGAUUUGCCAGAAAUAGAUCAUAUUGCUCAGGAACUUAUGCCAAAUGGGAUGUUUGAUGAGGAAUCUUGGUGAUGAGGACAAUGGUUGGAUGGUGUGAACUUGAUUGUAAAGUUGGUAACGAUUAAUGAAAUGGAAAUCAAUUGUGAUGUAUACUACAGUUAGUUGCAUUACGGUAAUGGUUAUGCUAUUUAAUAUCAUGUGCAAAUUAUACCAGAAAGAUAUAUCAUAUUGGCAGUUUUGAGGUU